AUUGUAUCAAACAGGCUGUAUCUACGAUGAUUUCGCCAGCGAUCAAGCAUUCUCUGUCGACUGCUGCUGCAGGUUUCGCACUCGCUACCGCUGUGUCUCGUCCUGUUGCAUAUGCUGAAGAGCGUAAGCAGAAGCUGAACAUUUACGACGAACCAGAAGCAGAAAUCGUUCUUGUUGAAUCACCUUCACGAUUGGAGGAGAACGUCGCCAUCGCACAAAAAUACGUGAACGAUACCUAUGAUGAAGGAGAACAAUUAAAUCAAGUCCAAACAAGACUUCAGAGAUUCGAAAGUAACGUCAAGAAAUGCGUUGAUGAUACUAUAGCGCCAGGAGAAUAUGUUAUGCCUAAUGCUUUGUAUGUUGGUGUUGCUGCCUUGGCCGGUACCAUCGUCUCUCGCAACCGCAACGUUGUCUUGCGCUUUGCAACAUCCACAGCCUUUGCCGUCGGCACGUCAUAUUACUUGAUGCCAAACACUACCCGCAACAUUGGUCAACAUCUUGACAGAUUGGAGAGAAAGUUCCCCCCUCUUUAUGGUGCUCAUCAGCAACUGAACGAAGCAUUUGGCGAUGCACGCAAGCAAGUCGACGAUACUGUCGCUCAACUCACUGGUGCAGCAUCCGAAGCCACGAGCCAAAUUUCCAGCAAAGCUAAGCAGUUGGAAAGCGAUAUUUCCAGUAAAGCAAAUACACAGACCAGCAAAUUAGAAAGCACAGCUUCAGAAGCCCGAGAGAAGUUUGAUGAAGUCAAGGAAAAAGUCGAGAACAUGUACUCUACUAGAGUGAAGCCUGCUGUUGAAGAGACCUUGAAGGGCAACAGUAAAUAGACAUACAUAACAUCACUCACUCAAAAUGUUUUUGUUUCCUUGUAAUAAAAUCCUGCAACCCCAUCCACAGCUUUGGCAUCGACUUUUAAUCUAUUUUACAU